AUGUCGCUGACGAUUUCGCCAACUUCUCUACCACUACUUCCCGGAAUUCAUGGAAAUGAAACAUUUAUAAAUUUUGAAUUUUCUUUCUUCACUCUUCCAAUGUUUCUGCUCUUUCUUCCAGUUAUAUACAUGCCUAUCACUUUUAUCGUAAUGCUACGAAUUUUAGUAAAGUUGAAAUAUGCAAUGAGAGAUAAAAAUGUUAAUGUUCCUCUGUUCACAGCAAUCUGUAUCUCACAAUUCACGUGCCUCUUAUUUUUCAUAUUCGAUUUUGUGCACAUUCGUCUUAUGACUACCGGAAUCUUUACCAGUUGGUGUGCAAGCUCUGCACCAAACCAUUAUAUUAUGGCACUUUAUAUCGCCACUUAUUACGUGAAUUAUGCAAAUAUGAUAUUUCCUUUUUUGGUUUCCACAAUGCGAUUGGUCCUAAUAGCUUAUCCCCAGAGACAGGGAAAGAUCAAUCGAGUUAUACUAAAAUCAGCACUUCCGUUCAUUUCAAUUUAUCCAAUUUUCUUUACAUUUUUCCUGUGGCCAGCUGUUGGUUACUGUACAGCGGCACUGGGGCCGUUUCCAUUUGGGUCAGUAAUUCUCGGAUUUCGAGAAUCCUGGUUUGGGUUACGAAAUAAUUAUUUUCUACUAUUCAACAAUCUUUUCUGGUUGUCGGCAAGUUUGAUCAAUAACUCGGUUCUUCUCGUAAAGCUUGCACAUCUUAAGUCUACUACAGCAGCUCACACAAGAUCUCAAAAAUCCCAUAAAGCAGAGGUGUCUCUCACAGUAACCACUGUAUCCAUGAUUUGUUCAUAUCUCUCAAAUUCCAUGAUAGUGAUUGCUGCUCAACUCAAUUCAAUUGAAUAUUCCUAUUACGCCAUUAUGCUUCGUCCUUUUGGAAAUGACCUGGAAACGUGCAUGGUGUCAUGGGUAUUCUACUUGACGCAUCCAGUUUUUCGACGCAAGUCAAUGGUUACUGUACAAGUGUCACAGCAUGUUAAGUUGGAUUCUUAA